AUGCAUCAACAGGUCAAGGCAUAUGGGGGCGGUGGAUGGCGAAGAAGCUACUGCGGCAUUUUCGUCGCGUUUUGUGUUUGUACGAUCACGCCGAAGAAGAGAGUUGAUAUGCGUUUUGAAUUUUCUUGCGUUUUUUUAUCGGGUUGGGAAUCGAGCUAUCGCUGGUUCUCAGGCUAUUUGCACUCUGGGAUUUGGAGACGACAGGGUCUUCCGCAUCGAAUCGCCCGCGAUCAGAGUUUGGGAGAGUGUGAUUGGGCGCUCGAUGGGAGAUCCGAAAGGGGCGACCAAAACGAGCCAUCAAGAAACACAUCACCUCACUCGCUGAGAGCGGCACCUGUCAUCCGCCGCGGUUCAUCGGAUAUGUUUUCAUCACGCAAAAGCGCAUGGAAACGACACGGCACGUGUUACUACAACUUCACAUGA